GGGCAGCACCUUUCGCCAGUGCACAGUCUGAGUGCGUGCAUCGUUUUUCACGGACCGACCGACCCGUGCGCGUUGUGUGCCCUUGUUCUUGUCCUACUUGUCGCUCGCCAGCGCUAUCCAUCACGGCAUCGUUCGAGGCGGAGGCAAGUGAAUCUUGCGUCGAGCUUUGCAUCACACCGUGCGUGUUGUUCUGCGGAUCGGCGUGUGUGUGCCUGUGUGCAUAUGCAAAACUGGCCACCCAAUUCGUACGGAGUGGUCCUACUGCUGCUGCUGCUCGGUACAGUGCAUAUGGGCGGAUGCCCGUGAAUGGGGUGAACUUCGCAAAACAUUAGCAGCAGCUGUCUUUGUGUGUGAGUGUGUGUGUCCGGUCAUCUCCCGCGCAACAGGAACGGGAACGGGAACGGCAGCCGACAGUUGCAUUCCAUCAAAUAGCGCAUCAUCAUCAUCAUUGUCGUGGUGGUUGCUUUGCGUUGGCGCAUUAUCAUCACCGCCACGGUAGCAGCCCAGUCGUCCUUGUGGAGUAAGCCCCCCCCCCCCCCCUGUACACAGGGAGCCUAGCAAGCACAUCGGCCAGCCUACCGAGGUACAACGGCUCGCAACCUAGCGAACCCCAGGUAGUGCUAAUAAUCCCUCCCAGCUCGGACCGUUUGUUGGAGCAGGUGAGAGACAUCGAAACGCGAGCGGUCUGCAGGAACGUCCCCUUCCCCGUGUGAAAAUGCAAAACAUCUUCUAGUGUCCAAAUUGCGCCCCAACGAGGUAGUGCGGCGGCGGCAGUAAGGCAAUCAGUUAGUGGAAAACAUCGAUGACAUAAAUCAUUUUCGCCUGUUUCCGGCGUACGUUGCCGAUCAGUUGUUACUUGGAUUUAGAUUUGCGGGCAAGCGAAUGGGCAAACAAAUCCCUGCCCUGUGAAUGUGGUGCAAUUUGUGUGCUGUGUGCGUGUGCGAGUGUUUUUCUCCCUUGCUAGCGUGGCGGCCGCUAUCAAGGCGAGAUAUUUAGCAACAGAUAAGGAAGAAGAAGUGCUCCUGCUCCCUGGUUCUGUAACGCUGCUGUACCACCACCACCACCACCACGGUAGCAAAUUGGCAUUGAGCAUCGGGCAAACAAAGUAGGUCAUCGACCGGACCUGCUAGGCACAGUACGUUCCAUCCCGGAUCGCUUGGAGAGCGCAUGUAAUUAACCCUUCCCGCGGGUCCUCCUAGCAUCUGUCAGCGGGAGUAGCUGUUUCCCCUUUUCUGGUGCAACAGUUACACACAUCCAACCAGAACGCAAAGGUUUCAAAGGAAACCCAGCGGACAAGGACAUCUCGCUGCCCGCCUCUCAUACAGGACACUCACCACUAGCGAACACGUACACCGAGCGUACAAACAAACACGCCAACACCUUCCCGAUAUCGUUCAGUACACACACACACACACACACGUCCCUGCAAACGCUUCAAAGCUGGAGGAUGCCGCUAGCCAACUCGAUCGACCCAUGGAGAGAGAAAGUCCCAAUCAGUAUCGUCGGUAUCGAGCCCAUGUGCAUGAAACUAUGAUUCGUCUCGUUUCCUAUUGAAACCAAAUGCAAUUUAACAACUAUGUUCUGCUCGAUGCAAUAGACUCCGCAUCGCAGGACAAUGUAGAGAUGGUCAUCGACGAUAGCUAUGAUGUCCAGCAGCAGCAACAUCUUACCCAUGACCACCGCCAUGCUCAGCUUCAUCAGGAGCAGCCCGCACAGCAUCAAUACCUUCCCCAUCAACAUCAUCAUCAACAUCAACCCCACCCUCAACCGCACCAGUACAGCCGGCAGCACCCAGUGCCUCCCGCGGGAAUGGUUACCUAUGCUCCGGCGCACACAGCCGCUGGCCAGCACGAGCCGCUGCUAGAUGGAGCUGUUGUAGCUGAUAGUGGCACUUAUCGCUACCAUCGUGGCGAUUCGCCCGAACCCGGUUUGGUUGUUGGUGCCGAGGAAGCAAUGGAUCUGGAUGUAACCGGAGGUGGAGGUGACCUGUCACAGCUGAGAGGCGACGCCACGUACCCCAACGCAGGGGCGGGAGGGAACGGUGGGGACGAGCAUGAGAUCGACAUUAAGGACAUUAUACGGGAGGGGCACGAAAAGGCCGAUCCGUCACAGUUCGAGCUGCUGAAGGUGCUCGGCGAAGGCUCGUUCGGCAAGGUGUUUCUGGUGCGGAAGAUUGUCGGCAUCGAUGCGGGGACGCUGUAUGCGAUGAAAGUACUAAAGAAGGCAACGCUGAAGGUGAAGGACCGUGUGAGGAGUACGAACGAGCGGAACAUCCUGGCAGAUGUGGGCCACGCAUUUAUCGUUAAGCUGCACUAUGCCUUCCAGACGCCCGGCAAGCUGUACCUUAUACUGGACUUCUUGCGUGGCGGUGACCUGUUUACGCGCUUGAGCAAGGAGGUGAUGUUUACCGAGGAAGACGUCAAGUUUUACCUGGCCGAGCUGGCCCUGGCGCUGAACCAUCUGCACAGCAUCGGCAUCAUCUAUCGCGAUCUAAAACCGGAAAACAUUCUUCUGGAUCAGGACGGCCAUAUAGCUUUAACGGAUUUUGGGCUCUCGAAGCAACCACUGGAUGGAUCGAAAACGUACAGCUUCUGCGGCACGGUGGAGUACAUGGCGCCGGAAGUUGUCAACCGGAAGGGACACACUUUUGCAGCGGACUGGUGGUCCUUCGGCGUGCUAAUGUUUGAAAUGCUGACGGGCAAUCUACCAUUCCACGGUAGCAAUCGAAAUGACACAAUGAACCAGAUCCUCAAAACAAAGCUCGGCAUGCCGGAAAACUUAAGUCCCGAGGCGCAGAGUUUGCUGCGCGCCCUGUUCAAACGCAAUCCCCAGAAUCGACUCGGGGCGGGCCCGAACGGCAUUGAGGACAUCAAGCGGCACGAAUUUUUCGCCAACGUCGAUUGGGAUGCGUUCGAACGCAAGGAGGUUAGGCCACCGUUCAUUCCUGCCGUUUCGAGGGACGAUGCGUUCUACUUUGACUCGGAAUACACGAACAAAUCACCAAAAGACUCGCCCGGUGGCCCCGUCAGUGCGAGUGCUCAUGAGAUCUUCCGUGGCUUUAGCUUUAUCGCACCGGGCCUGCUGGACGAGCAGCCAAACUUUGCCAACGGAAGCAACAUGGUGAUGCAACAGCAGCCCGCAUCUCGGUCACCAUUCUCGAACGAAAUACCGGGCGUCAAGCCUGUCGCGUUCGGUGACGAGUACAACUUGAUGGAGGAACUUGGCCGCGGAACGUUCUCAAUCUGCCGGAUGUGUGAACAUCGCACAACGAAGAAGCAUUACGCAGUUAAGAUAAUUGACAAAUCUUAUCACGAUUGUCGCGAGGAGGUCGAGAUUUUGCUUCGGUACGGCAAUCAUCCCAACAUUGUGACGCUGUACGGUGUGCACGAGGAUGCGAGCUACGUGUACCUGGUGAUGGAGCUGCUGAAGGGUGGCGAACUGUUGGACCGCAUUCUGGCGAUCCAUUUUAUGGCCGAGCAGGAAGCCAGUGCCGUGUUGCGGACGGUCGUGUCGGCGGUCGCCUACCUGCACGAGCACGGUGUCGUGCACCGGGAUCUAAAGCCAUCGAAUUUGCUGUACGCCUCGGUCAACCAUACGCCCGAAUCGUUGAAGCUGUGCGAUCUCGGCUUUGCCAAGCAACUCCGAGCCGACAAUGGGCUGCUGAUGACCCCGUGCUACACGGCCAACUUCGUCGCACCGGAAGUGCUGAAGAAACAGGGCUACGAUCUGGCGUGCGAUAUCUGGUCGCUGGGCGUGCUGCUCUACAUUAUGCUCGAUGGAAAGACACCGUUUGCUAGCACUCCGAACGAUUCGCCAGAUAUGAUUCUAGCGCGAAUUGGUUCCGGCAAGGUCGAUUUAGAAACGGGCAAAUGGCCCACGAUAUCGGAUGAAGUGAAGGAUCUGCUGCGCCAGAUGCUACACAUCGUACCUUCGAGGCGUCCGACGGCCGCUCAAAUCCUGCGACAUCCGUGGCUAUCGCGAAGCGGUCCGCGACUAAUGUACAAUACGGUAGGGACACAACAUGCUACCAGCGAACGGCCGAUGGUCGUGGAACCGCAGGACACAAAGCCGGCGUGCGUAAAUACCGAAGCCAUCAAGGGGGCGGUCCAUGCAACAUUCCGUGCGAUAUCAUCGCCCCAGGCUGCCAAUCUGGGACCGGUCGGAAUGUCUGAUCUGGCGCGAAGGCGAAUGGAUAAGAUGAAUCAUUCCUAAUAAGGGUUUCUCGAGGUACGCCGUGUGUUCGCAAAACGGCGGACUGUGCAGCACCACCAUUGCCGAUGAGCGAGUGGAUGGUGUUUGAUUGUAGAGAGUUUGUCACUUAUUCGAUAUGUUCUCGCGCUAUUCCUAUUUAGUGUUUAACCUGUUACGUUUUGUUUUUUUUUUUCAAACGAUAAGAUUUUGAUAAUUUUAUUUGUCAACCAGUGCCAGAGUGACAUGUGUGCCAGAGAACAACAGUGCUAGCAAUUAGGGCCAGGUUGCAUGGUUGCAGCGUUCCAGUACGACACGGUUAUAGCAGACGAUAGAUGAGUGUAACUUAUACAAGUAUGUGUGGAAAAUGGUUGGUUCGAUUCGUUUCAAUGCUAAACCACUGCGACGGAAAUAGCUGGUGUAGCAAAGAGAAUGAACCGGUACACUUUUAUAAAGUGCGGUUGUACUAUGCUUUUGUACGAGGUGUCGUGUUUGUUUAUCGUUCUUAUUCUGUUUUGUGUUUUUAAACAAUACCUUUUGUGCUUUUAACUACUUUUAACAUAUUUUUAACAACUAUUUCACCAUGCGAUUGGUUGCGUAGUAUUAUAAAGAAACUGUCUUGAAUGUUAAGUAUCUCGUUUGAAACGCGUUAGGUUUAAUUGUACAAGCGUUUAGCAUAAAUGAUGAAUUGAAGUGGAAAGCCUAUUUAACGUGUUUAUUGCAAACUGCACAUAAUAGUGAAUGGUGUGUUGUAGUGUGGAUUGAUUUCAAAGUCAUAGGCGUAUAGUUAAAGGCGCGUAUAGUUCAAUUAUGGUAUCGUUUACACUUCAAACCAUUGAAAUGGGCAAGGUAAACGUGUGGGCAGGGUAUAACUAACUAACAAUAAAUUGAUCUACGUUAGGUACACUAGAAAAAAAAAACAAACAAACAAAACAAAUCGAAUAAUAAUAUACACGUACGCAUAUGCAUAUAUACAUACUUUAAAACAUAUACAAUCAUAUACAUAUACAGAAUAUAGUAUCGCCAAACUGCAGACGAGAGACGGGUUCGCCUUCGCCAGCCACAACCGCCAGCUAAUCCGGCGACGGAAGGGAGGGGGAAACAAAACCAUAUUUACAUUGUAUCGUGCCAUUGAAUGUGUGGACAGAAUGUGCGCUGGGGAGUUUAUGGAAUUUAAUUGACGCGAAGCGAGAAGCUGCUGGUAUAAGGAAGUAAUCAUUGUGAUAACCUACGACAAAAAACGAGAAAAACAAAACCUAUAUUGGCAGGACAGGCGAGCCUUGUAAUAGUGUAUUCUGGUCUACAUAUAUAUACAUACAUACAUACAUAUAUAUUGAAGCAGCGAACAAAGGAGCCGCCCGCUGGCUCAACUAUAUGGUGUUGUUGUUCGUGGGAUGGCCACCGCUAGGCGUACAUCUCCAUUUGUCACACAAGGGACAGUGCUUUGUCUAUGUACCGUUGCUACCUGAUGUGCUGUAUGUCGAUGUGUGCGUUGUGCUGCAAUUGUUGCUUCCAGUGUUUCAAACUGUUUCAUUUCUUAACGUAUUUCAACGUACAAUAACGAAUAGGCUAGGACCGAGGGAGGAGUGUCUCUUGAGUAGUAGAAUAUGUGAACAAAACGGGACGACAUCAAGCGUUUGGCUUUAUCAAUAAUUCAACACUUUUGCAUUUUACGCUGGAUGUCAGUGAUUGGGGUUUUAUGCAUUUGCGGGAGCAAUUUACUUUCCCGUUCCCGGCCAAACCAGUCAAAAUGUACACGGAGGCAAACGUUCUGUGAAGUACGUACUAACAUUAUCAUUUUACUAGAAGACUUAGAGCAUUCAACAAUUAUUAAAACGGAACCCUAACCACUUUACUAACACACACAACACCGCUGGCAGGGCUACGGAAACACUACCUUGAAACCAUCCUAUACUAACUCUCUUGUAGACAAAUUACAAAAAAGAACACGUUUCUAAGGCUCCAAAGGAGUAAAGUGUUAAUUGUAUUCAUUAUUCUGAAUGGUGACCGUGCAAAGAGAAACAGACUAACCGAAAUCUAAACAUUAAUUGGAAGUACGUCCCACACCAAACCACAAACGAAAAGUAAAACAAAGAACACACUACACUCUCUUUCUCUCAAAUUAAACGCAAAGAAAAGAACGAUCGCAAAACAAAGUAAAUAAAUUACUACAAAUGUUUAAUUAACUCGUA